GAGCUGCCUCUGGAGCCCCCCGCGGCGUGCGGCGCGGCCGCCGCCGAGGCAUCCGCGUGCUGGCAGGACAUCCACGGCGCCCGCGAGAGCGGGAAGCCCGAGGCCACAGGCCUGGCGCCCUCGGUCGCAACCGCGGGAGCGUCCUGGGCCAAGCCCAAGCACGCGCCGUGGGCGUCGGCGUGGCCGGAAUCCAAGGCGGGCCCGGCGGGCGCCCCCUUCAGCGCCAAGGGCGCCCUGGGCGCGUGGCGUGUCGACGGGGAGGCGGCGCCGCCGCCCUUUGCGUCCGGCGGCCUCCCCGGCCGGCACGCCGCCGUGCACCUCGGGCGGGGUGUGCCGUCGUGCCGGUCACUGCCCCUCCUGCCGCCGCUGCGCUGA